GUUCGUUUCUUCCACUUCUGUGCUGUUUCGCGGGUUUCUAUGUUUGCUCGUACAGUAUAGCCUUGAUCUAUAGACGGCUCUGUUCGUCCAAGUCUACGCAAAGCAAUACAUCGCCACUCUCUCGAAUGACCACAGGAUUCAGACUAGACACUUCCCAAUGGUUGGCUUUACGCCGUUCGGCAUUCCACCUAGGUUGAGCAUUCAGUGGAUGGGAAAAACUGGCGCCGCCCCCGCUGACGUGAUGCCCGAUAACGCAUACUCCAGAUACACUGUUUCCACCAUUCAGGACCACCUCAUCGACAGUCUAUCUCAACCAGACCUACUCACAGUACCCUCUCAAUUCGCCUUCAUCGAUGCAGUCAAGGACAUUACCGAGCACCAUUCUUUUACGCAUGCAUGGCCUAUGACCUUCUCUGUGGUAGUUGAGGCAGGUAUGGCGUUGCUGCAGGUUGCAAAAAGCGUAACUAAUCUGGGCGACAGGCAUAACACACUCGAUGCCUUCAAUUCAGCCUUAGCCUCCACGUUCCAUUCUGCGCGCCCACCUCCCAUCUCCGUCCAAGCGUGCACAUGCCCUCUCUAUCCAUCUGCUCCAUGUUCCAUGCUCGUACACAGCAACUCUGGCGCCUUUCUCAGCGGGCUACACCUGUGGUACCGCGGGCGAUCAAGAAAGCCGAACGACGAACCGAAACCGCCCGGAGACGAUGUGUUGAAGGUUGUUGUUCUCAACCAACGCUGGCGGACACACACUGAUGGUUUGCGCAUUCAAACUAAUAACGCCACUUGCCAUGCUUCCACUCUACGAAGCGGCGUCAUUCAGUCAUCGCCAGUCUCUUCUUCAUCCCGCACGCCUACUGUUUUCGACUAGAACCACUUCAUUCUUCUCGGAAUCCGUCAUUAGA